AGCUCUCGGGCCCCCUCCACAGGGUCCCAGGCCCGGGUCCCAGCCCCUGGGUCUCAGAGCCUGCCUCGUGGUCCCAAGUUCCCAGGGAAGGAGAACUCUGCCCCUCACCUUGUCAGCCUGUCACCAUGGGGGUGGGGGGUGAGGGUGCCCCGAAGUAUUUGAGAAAUCAGACAGCAGUGGGAUGGUGAUGCCCCUCACUGGAUGGGGACCUCCCUCAGGCCAGCAGACACCCCUUGGAGGGAUAGGCAGAGACCCCUCCCUCAGCAGGCAGAGACCCCACCCUGUCAUCUUUGCCUCGUGUGGUCUAACUGCCCCCACAGUGGAAAAGACCCCGAGGAUACUGGGGCAGUGAGGGGGGAGGUCUGUCCACCAAACCUCAUGUCUCUGACACUGACCAGGCAUGCAGCCACCCAGAUAUUGGGUCCGCAGCCUCCAGCUGCCUGUCCAGCCAGGACAACAAUAGGCCCAAGUGGGAAAGGACAGCCAAGCCGGAGGCAGGGAGGGCCAAAUGGCGGGAAUAGAGUGGAGUGAGACUCUUGGGGUAGCUCACCUUGUUCUGGAGCUUGGCCAGGUGGGUAUGCAGCCCACACCUGCUGCUAUGAGACCCCUUCCCCCCACCUCCUCUACUGUGGCUCUGGGGCCCCCAGAAUUGUUAAGGGUCAAGGAUGAUGGAUGGAACUCCAGCCUGGGGGACACUGAUGUCAGGUAACUAUGAUGUCUGAGAACUAGGGGCCUCUCUGGGGGUCCUUCUGUCUGCCCGUCUUCCUGGAUCCCACACUGGGGGCUGGGAGGUCCUGGUUCCAUGGGCCCUCUUUACAUGUGACCUUGCACUGACAAUACUCUUAACACUGAACCUCAGUUUCCCCCAUAUUUAAAGCAAGCUCAUCACCCUGCGGUGUGGGGGUUAUGAUACUUGGGGUGGGCUAGAGAAGGUCCCAUCCUGGUGGGAGUGGGGACUCAGGUACUAACAGGGUGGGGUAAGGCAAAGACUGGCCCCCAAGUAUAUAGAGGAGGGUCUGGAGCCCACAGGUCCCCAGCAUCUGCCCCCCUCUUUCUGCCAUACACUCCUUAGCCCAAAGCUGGGAGGUCAGGCUGGGAGGGGCCCAGCAUCCAGAGGGGUUCAGUGUGCAGACGUUCAUCCCCUGAUGCCCUCACCCCAGCUCACUCUGAUACCCCCAGUGCUACCACCCUUGUAGGGCACCUGCUCCUCACUAGUCCUGCAAGUGUGUGGGACACUAGUGGCGACAGUGGUGGUGGCUGGGGAGCUCCGCCCAAUUCCCCUCUGAGCCCCACCUGUGGAGUGCAACCCACUGUCCGCCUCCAUGAUCCCCCCCACUACCCCCGGCUUGUUGGGGCUCCAGGAUCGUGGGCUCAGAGCUGCUGUCCACAGGAAGGCUGGAAGGGUGCUCAGGAAGGGUGGGGUGGGUGAGGGCCAACUGGCUAGUGAGAACUCAGAGCUAAGAAGAGAAUUCAGGGCAUGUCCUGGGUCCUUGUCUUGACCAGGGUCCUGAAGCUGAAGUCGAAGGAUGAGGUCUGUAUUCAAGAUGGGUGUGGCAUGUUCUGGGGUGUGUCUGGAACCCUGUUCUGCCUCGGCCCAGUUGGCACAGGAUGGGAACCUCUUUGGGUCUGUGACUGCUUGCUGAGGAGGGCAGCACAGGGGCCUCCACAACCCAGAGGGACAAGCUUCCCCAGAAGGGCGUGCUGUUUUGUAGACACCAGUCUGACUCCCUCCCCCAUGAAGCUGGUGGGACUUGGUCUUCCUAAAGCAGUCAGAGGAACCAUGCUGGGUGUCCCAGCCCACCCCAGCCUUCUGAGGCUGGCCCUGCCCAGCUGACCUCCCUUUCACCCCCACAGGUCUGACACCAUGCCCAGUCAUUCCAAACUCUAGACCAGAACCCGGGCCAUCCGACAACCCCUCAUUGCUUCAGGGGUCCCUCCCUCCUGCCACCCCAACUGCCCACUAUGGCUGGGGACCGGCUCCCACGGAAGGUGAUGGACGCCAAGAAGCUAGCCAGCCUGCUGCGGGGCGGGCCUGGGGGGCCACUAGUCAUCGACAGUCGCUCCUUCGUGGAGUACAACAGCUGGCACGUGCUCAGCUCCAUCAACAUCUGCUGCUCCAAGCUGGUGCGGCGCCGGCUACUGCAGGGCAAGGUCACCAUCGCCGAGCUCGUCCAGCCUGCCUCUCGAAGCCAGGUGGAGUCGGCAGAGCCCCAGGACGUGGUGGUCUAUGACCAGAGCACGCACGACGCCAGCGUGCUGGCCGCGGACAGCUUCCUCUCGCUGCUGCUCAGCAAACUGGACGGCUGCUUCGACAGCGUCGCCAUCCUUACUGGUGGCUUCGCUACCUUCUCUUCCUGCUUCCCCGGCCUCUGCGAGGGCAAGCCGGCCACCCUGAUGCCCAUGAGCCUCUCCCAGCCCUGCCUGCCGGUGCCCAGCGUGGGCCUGACCCGCAUCCUGCCUCACCUCUACCUGGGCUCUCAGAAAGAUGUCCUGAACAAGGAUUUGAUGACCCAGAACGGUAUAAGCUACGUCCUCAACGCCAGCAACUCCUGCCCCAAGCCAGACUUCAUCUGUGAGAGCCACUUCAUGCGCGUCCCCGUCAACGACAGCUACUGCGAGAAGCUGCUGCCCUGGCUGGACAAGUCGGUGGAGUUCAUCGAUAAAGCCAAGCUGUCCAGCUGCCAGGUCAUCGUCCACUGUCUAGCCGGCAUCUCCCGCUCUGCCACCAUCGCCAUCGCCUACAUCAUGAAGACCAUGGGUUUAUCCUCAGAUGAGGCCUACAGGUUCGUGAAGGACCGGCGCCCCACCAUCUCUCCCAACUUCAACUUCCUGGGCCAGCUGCUGGAGUAUGAACGCAGUCUGAAGCUGCUGGCCGCCUUGCAGGCCGACGGGACGCCCCUCCCGGGCCCCUCAGCCCCUCUGCCACCGCCGCUGCCACCACCUACCUCAGAGAGCACCCCCGCCGCCGCCCCCGGAGUCUGGGAGGGCGCGCCCGCCACAAUCGGGGAGCCCCUGGCACAGGCCUCGGCCCCCGCCACCAGCGCCCUGCAGCAGGGCCUGCGAGGCCUGCACCUCUCCUCCGACCGCCUGCAGGACGCCAGCCGCCUCAAGCGCUCCUUCUCGCUGGACAUCAAGUCGGCCUACGCACCCAGCCGGCGGCCCGACGGCCCCGAGCCUCCGGACCCAGGAGAGGUCCCCAAGCUCUACAAG